AUGAAGUCAAGUUUGGGGCUGCUCGUUUUAGCCGGCCUCGGCCAAGUGUCGGCCUCGUCGCACGCAUGUGCUGACUCGGUGCAGGCGCCGCAUGAUAGGUGCUGGAAGAAAAUCAAUUGGGAUGGGCUGAACUCGACGGUGUCUGGAAAGCUCAUCCGCAACCUGCCCCCGGCCGUCUCCUGCUACCCCGGUCCCCUAUACAGCAAGCAGGAGUGCGAGUACGUCGACGAGCAAUGGUCUAAUACGACAUUCCAAAUGCUGGAGCCCAUUGGCUACUGCUAUCCGGUCGACGACAGCUGCCCCGUCGUCCUCAGCGGAGCCCAGGCAGGCGACUGUCGCUUAGGGUCUUCUCCAGUCUACACCGUCAAUGCGACGGAGCCAGAGGAUCUGGCGGCAGGUAUUGCAUUCGCAAGUAAGAAUAACGUUCGGCUUGUCGUGAGAAACACAGGCCACGAUAUCCUUGGAAGGUCUACGGGCUACGGAUCUCUUCAAAUCUGGAUGCGAUACCUGCGCAAGGGAAUCAUCCACCACGAGUCUUUCGAGAGUCGUUGCACUAAAUCCGACUGGAAGGGCGCUGCGUUCACGGUUGCUGGUGGCUAUGUAUGGGACGACGUCUACGAAGAGGCAUUCGCUCGUGACUUGGUUGUCGUCGGAGGAGGCGAUCCUACUGUCGGCGUCAUUGGAGGCUACGUCCAAGGAGGCGGCCAUUCUCCCGCCAUGCGCGAUUUCGGCCUCGCAACUGACCAGAUCCUCGAGGCUCAAGUCAUUCUUGCCAACGGAAGGAUAGUCACCGCAAGUCCGUGCUCACAUUCAGACCUCUUCACCGCGAUUCGUGGUGGCGGCGGUGGAACGUAUGGAGUGGUCAUUUCCCUCACCAUCAAGGCGUACCCGUCAACGCCAAUGGUUGCUCACUCGCUUGUGCUAUCGUCACAAACCGGCCAGAACACAAGCCAGCUGCUGGACGCUAUCACGGACCUCUAUGAAGCCUAUCCUGCACUAAAUGAUUACGGAUUCUCCGGUUACGGCUCAUGGUCAAUCUUGGACCCGACCACUACUUACGGCAACUCGUCCGCAGGAUACCAACAUGCGUUGGCCGCAAGAAACAAGUCACUUUCCGAAGCCAAGGCUACUCUAGCGCCAGUCCUGAAGAAACUCUCGACCUAUAGCUCUGUGGCCGUUUCUAUUAACUGGUUUGAGUUCCCCUCCUACGCAGCGUACUACCGCACGCUGUCUGGAGUCCACCAGCAGACUGGGUCGCCUGAAAUGGCACUUGCGUCUCGUAUGUUUGACAAAACCCACCUGACGGCCAACCACAAUUCGCUGCGCAGCUUGAUUGGGACGCUGGCCGGGGCUCCGGCUGAAACGACCAUCAACCAGGUCAUUAUGGUCGGUGGCGGCAAGGUUCUCGAGAAGCCAGAGUAUAGCGGCGCACACCCUGCCUGGAGAUCAACGUAUCUUGUCCACGAAGUUGCGCGUGGCUGGCUGGAGUCCAUGGGAGAGGCGUAUGGGAACAGUGUCAAGAAAGAUAUCACCUACAACAAGUAUGCGGCAAUGCGUCGCUUUACCCCCGGAAUGGGCAGCUAUAUGAAUGAGGCCGAUAUAAACGAUCCUUGGUGGCGAGAAGACUUCUACGGUGCUGCCAACUACAAGAGGCUUCUUGCCAUUAAGAACAAAUAUGACCCCGAAGGCCUUUUCUACUGCCCGACCUGUGUCGGAAGUUCAUCAUGGUCGGAGCACGAGUUGCCUGGUCUGGGCUUUGGCCCGCUCUGCGCCCGCAAGUGA